UGCAGGUGCUCCUCUCUCUCUGUGUGUGUGUGCGUGACAAGCGGCCAGGUCCGUCUGCGGUCUCCCUUCGUUCUUCAUUUCAUUCUGUCUUUACAUAUUUUUCACAUUUGUCUUUCCCACUGUUUAUUCUCCUCUGCCAGCUGCGGACUUCGACUGGCUGCUCGAAAUGACGUUGAGACAUUUCACCUACUUGCGCCAAACUUUACCCAGCUCUCAUUAGUGGACGGCGGUGGACACACACACACACACACACACACACACACACACACCUGCUGCCUGAUGCAGAUAUCGAUCAUGAAAAGCUGAUCGAUCGAAGGAUUCGAUUGAAGACCAAACUCUCCAGGACCUAAGAUGGAGCGUGUGAAGUGUCUGGCUCUGCUUGUUCUGAUUGUGCCGUGUGUGCAGGGGGACUUUGUGGAGCCCCCUCGGCCCGACACCGCCCUGCGCUCCCUGGCUGAGAGUCCGACCAGGCUGCCCUGCCGCUACCAGGCGGCGGACGGGGAGAAGGUGGUGCAGGUCACCUGGUACAAGGACCUGGCGGAGGGCGGCAAGGACCAGAUCAUCACGGCCCACUUCUCGGACGGACACACAGAAUUCGGCCGUUACUCUGGUCGCGUGAGGUUCGAGAGCAGCAGACCCACGGAAAACUCCGCUCUGCUCAUCCCCGGCACGGAGGAGUCGGACGAGGGCGGCUACACCUGCCACAUCUCCACCUUCCCAAACGGGAACUUUGAGAGGCACAUCGCCCUCACCGUGUGGGUUUUACCCAUCUCCUCGCUGGACCCCGUCAUCCUGACGGAGGGCCAGUCGUACCGCGUGGCCGCCGCUUGCCGAGCGGUGGGUCGCCCGCUUCCCCGCCUCUCCUGGGACACGGACCUGUCGGGCCAGUCCCAGAACCGCACCAACGAGGGCGGGUCCGUGUCCAGCUACUACUCCCUGCACCCACUGCGCAGCAUGAACGGGAGAAAGCUGGACUGCUUGGUGUGGCACCCUGGGCUGGACUGGCCCCGCCGGAUCUCAAACCGCCUGGUGGUCCAGUACCCCCCAGAUGCCACCAUCUCCACCGUGUCAGGAGACUGGUUCGUGGGUUUGGAGAAAGCUGAGCUGGCGUGCGACGGCGGAGGAAACCCCAAACCUCAGAACGUCACCUGGACAUGGGGAGGAGGAGCUCUGCCGGACGGGGUGUCGACGGUCGGGGGAAAGCUGGUCUUUGGGCGGGCCGUCCGCCUGAACGACAGUGGGGUCUAUGAGUGCGUGGUCGAGAACAACGUGGGAGUAGGGAAAACGGAGAUUGCGCUGACGGUAACAGAGACAUCUCCACGCAAGGGCUACUUGUCUGACGACAACCUGCUGCUGAUCAUCAUCGGCGCCGCGGCCGCAGUCCUGGUGCUGGUGCUGGUCCUCGUGGUCCUGCUGGUCAACCGCCACCAUCGGCACAAAAACAAAAGGCUCGAGAUGGCGCUCAGUGAAAAAACGGAGGAAAUUCACAGCCUCUCCAGACAAGCCUCCUUCAGGAGACUGAACUCUGUCAGCACCGACCCCAGAGUGCAGCCUGAAGAUUACGCCCUGCUCAGAGUCGACAGCAGGAUGAAAAACAGCCAAACGUCUCUGGAGCGCCAGUCCAGUCUGGGAGGGAAGUGGGGUCCUCCCGGAGGGGUGGAGGUGGACGAACUGGGACGUCCCGUCGUCUGGCACGAAGGCAUGGAGAGCCUGCGGGAAACGGAGAUGGACGGGGAGCAGGAGGAGCGCAGGAGGCGGGUGGAGUCGUACCUGAAGACCAGCAACAUGUCACUGAUUUCUCGCUGUGUGUUGCAGGACUCGGGUCUCCCCUCGUCCCUGAUUCCCCUGAAGGCCCCGCAGGAAGACGGCGUCGGGCCCAGAGAGCCGGACCUCGGCCUCGGCCAGUCCCGGGAGGGUGAGUCCCCACGCGAAGAAGAAGAGGGACGCGAGGAGGAGGAGGAGGAGGAGGACGACGACAGCUCCUACCAGAUCUCGGAGGCGCUCUCCAACCAUUUUCACUACAGCAACGGAGUCCUCAGACCCCGGCCACACUCCAACGCCAUUCUGCUGCACCCCAGAGGACAGAUGAUCUAGAGACCACAGACUCUUUAUCCACUACAGAAGAGCGAGUGUCUGUUCUGCAUCUCACGCUUGUGAGAUUUUGAUCAUUAACUCUUUAACGCUAUGAUAACUGGGAACUUAUUUACUGUUUGUUUGGAUAUGCAACAGUGGAGAGACGACAUUCAGGUGAAGAUCCUCGGCCGCUCAUCGACUGGGAACUCGUGUGGAAGUUUCUGAUCCUGAUUCUUUCGAAGAAACGGAGAAGGGAGUGGCCAGCAACUUUUUCUUUUUUUACUUUUUCACUCACCAUUGGCAUGUAAAUGAAAACACUUUAUCUCUCCUUGAAAAUCCAAGGAGUCAAGGUUCCUGUCACACAGUGUUUACUGUAUUUUGUGCAUCCACGGCCUCUGGUGAAUGACAGCUGACUGCAGUGUUCCAUGUUAGCAAACGCAGAGUCCCCAUGAAUCCUGUCAUUUACAGUGAGGGUUUACAUUAAAAAACACUCGGGCGGGACAACACGGACGAAGACGAUUUCUGAACGAGUCGAGUUAUAGUGACCUGUAGUCAGAACCGUGACAUUUUCAGCCUGGGUGCACCUGUGGAUGACGAGUUUAUGUGUGUAUUUUUGUGUAUAGGAGGAAGGGAUGAACAGUUACUGUAUGCUUAUAAUAAUCGAAUUAUGAGGCACCUGCAACAACACAAAGGUCAAAAAAGCUUUACCUCCCGGAGGACCAGAACAUGGGACAUGAAAACAUUCAUGAAUAAAACAUGUGGAAGCAGAUUUUAGGUUUAAACCUGGAAGAGGAAGAGACUGGACAGAAACACGCAGGAGAUGAACUUGUUUAUAUUGACCCAGCGAAACUGAAAAAAAAAUAAAAUGUUAAUGUCAAACUGUUUAUUCAUAAAAGAACAGCAUAUGCAAUUUUAAAAACAAAGUCCUUGUUCUUUUUUUCUUUUUGUUUUUAAACCUGGGACAGUUAAGGUUGAUUCACCUCGUGUUAGGAUAAAGGGCACCGCGACACCGACCACCCGCCGCUGUAUUCGAAUGUAGUGAUUUUCCUGCUUUUCUCCUUGUUCCAACCUUCACGUCCUCACUGGCUCAGCGACAACUGAAAUAACUGAGAUAGUGGAUACGAGUAGAAACGGAGUGGGUGGCUUUGUCCCAGGCUCUGACAGGGCGACGGCUUCAGUCAUCUCAGGGAAAAC